GAAGUGUUAGGCGCUAUUUACGAAGUUUUGCGGUGUUGACCGUGACAAAAUCAGUCCAUGAUACUCAAUACUUCUUUUUAUCAUGUCCAUAAAGUCUCAAAACACGUUUUCUUCAGCUAUUCAACUGAAUACCAUAGAUGACUACAUUGCUCCCACACAGGCGUGCAUCAAACCAGUUAAGAUCGACAAGUCCAUUGGAAAAACCAAGUCUAUCAGGAUUGAAGAGGACGGUUCUUAUACUGCUGUAACUGAGGAUGGUAAUAAACACGUAUUACAAAAAGCAUCUAUCAGUCUUAAUGAUUGUUUAGCAUGCAGUGGCUGUAUCACUUCUGCAGAGACCAUUCUCAUAUCGGAACACAGCUCAUCUGUAUUGUUAGAAGUUUUGGCACAAAAUGAAACAAAAAGGAGUAUUAUAGUUUUCACAUUGUCUCCACAAAGCAUUACUAAUUUAAUGGCUUAUAUAUCAAACUCGCCGGAAAGUAAAUUGGCCAAAUGUUUCAGCUGUUCCGAAUUCACUUCACCCAAACCGAAUGCAAAUGCUUUCAGAACCUUCAUCACAUCAUGUCUUCUUGCUAUGGGAGUGCAUCUCGUCAUAGAUGUUACCUGGGCUCGCGAUUUAUGUCUGUACGAAGCUGGAUUGGAAUUCAUAGCUCAUUCUGCAGGCGAUCAAUAUGAACGUACCGAAGCUAUGCCACUGUUUUCCAGUAUUUGUCCAGGCUGGAUAUGUUAUGCUGAGAAAAGCCCCAGUAGCUCAGUCAGUUCUACUGAGUCCACUCACAAUGAAUUUUCAAUCCUCCCACACAUAUCUAAAAUACGUUCUCCUCAACAAAUAGCGGGCAGGAUUAUUAAACUUAUUGGUGAGGAAAGGUGUUUUCAUGUUAGUAUUAUGCCAUGCUUUGACAAGAAGUUAGAAGCUUCUAGAGAAGAAUUCUCAGUACAGUCAAGUGUUGCUGACUGUCGUGUCCCAGAUGUUGAUCUAGUUUUAGCUACCAAUGAAUUACUUUACUUACUGGAGUCAUUUUGUCAUGAAUCUGAUGGUUCUCUUGUCUUUUCUCCACCUACAUACGCCGCUGAACUUGGGGAAAAUAACCGUUUAAUAUUAUCAAGGUUAUGUGAAGUAUUCCAUGGGCAGUGGAAUGUUUGUAAUCGGACUAAUAAUAUGCCUUCCGAAAACAAAGGUGUUGUUCCGAUGUAUAGACAUAGUGGAAGCGGUUCGGGUGGGUAUGCAGCAUAUAUUUUCAGAUUUGCUGCAGAAAAAUUAUUCUCAAUAAACUUGGAUCUUAAUUUAUCAGAAGAUGAACAUGUACUAGUUCGUCAGCUACAAAAUCGAGACUUACAGGAAAUGUUGUUGUUUAAUACAAAAGAAGAUCGUAACUUGGCGGCAUCACUACUCUCAUCCCAUUCAAAUCGAAUUCCUUAUCGGCAUUUAGAAAUAAUAGAACCAAAAGCUCUGCUAGUAUUCGCAGUAGCUAAUGGAUUCCGUAAUAUUCAAACUAUUGUGCAGUAUUUACGGAAAAUACAUCAAGUUGCCAAGUUUGAACAGAAAAAGAUCAAACAAACAAAAUCAAUGUAUCCAUUCGAUUAUGUGGAAGUGAUGGCUUGUCCAAAUGGUUGUCUUAAUGGUGGCGGACAAAUAAAGGAAUUGUUGAAACAAACGAAUGAAGUCUAUGCAAAUCUUGCAGUUGCUGAACCGAUGUCUAACGAUUUAGUACAAAGCUUGUAUUCCUUCAUAAAAUCACGAGAUCCAGACAGAAAAAGUCUACAUACUACAUAUAGAACUGUUCCCAAGAUUGAAAUUGUCAAUCCCAGUGCUUUAAAAUGGUGAAUAACAACCUGAAUCAGAUAAUUUUAUUUUCCCAAUACAGUUAUACUUUCUUGGAAAGAGACGUUUUAAAAGAUAAUAUCUCUGAAAUACAAGGGAUAACUAUAGGGUCGUCACGCUUCCACUCAUUAUAGAAAGGAAAGUAGGUGCGGCAGUUCAAGG